AUUAGAAACCGACAAGCAAGUCCCUGCUGGCAAAAGAUUCCCUCCUCCUUCACUACUAUUCAUUCACUAAUCACUAACUCAUUAUUCAUUCACUCGUUCACUUCCUCAUCCCUCCCUUCUUUUCUUUCUUUUCUUUACCCUUUCUUCUUCCUCUUCUUCUUCUGCUCACAAUUAUAUUAUAUGGUAUGGGCUGUGCGAGUUCCAAGGUGGAGGAUCUGCCGGCGGUCGCCUUGUGCCGGGAUCGAUGCACCUUCCUCGACGAAGCUAUACACCAGAGGUAUGCACUCGCGGCGGCGCACAUGGCGUACAUCAACUCCCUCAAGGGAAUCGGUCAUUCUCUCCACCUCUUUAUUCAGCAAGACAGGGAAUUAGCGGCAGGAGGUGGCGCCGCCUCUCCUCCGCCUUCCCCUCCGGCGAAGGCUCACCUAGCGAAGCAUGCUUCUCCUCCGUCUUCUCCGCCUCACUCCGAUUCCGGCUCCCACCUCCACUUCCACUCCGACGAAGAAGACGACGACGACGAAAACCCUCACGCUCUCCACGACCACGAUUCGUCCGGUCACUCUUCCCCUCUACACGUGGAUCUCCCGCCAUUCGAGGAGGGAGAUCAAGAGCUUCCUCCAUGGAUGGGGAUGGGGAUGGGGAUGGGAAGGAUGCAGAUGAAUUUCAUGAAGAAGCAACCAACGCCUUCAAUUGUGUACCAACAGAGGCCAAUCAAUCACGAAACCGUAUACGUAGGUGAAUCCUCUUCUUCGUAUCCGUAUCCGUAUCCGUAUUCUUCUUCUUCUUCUUCGUAUCAACCCUAUCCUCAGCCCUACGAUCCGUAUGGUGCUCCUCCACCCUCUGCCUAUGAUGGAUCUUAUCCGCCACAACACCGCCCACCGCCUUCUGCCGCCAAGCCGCCGCCGCCACCACCUUCCCCUCCAAGAGCUUCCCCGUGGGAUUUUCUCAACUUCUUCGACGGCGACGGCGAUGAAAAGUACUAUCCUCAGACACAGUACACUCCCAGCCGCGACUCCAGGGAGGUUCGAGAGGAGGAGGGAAUCCCCGAUUUGGAAGAUGAAGAUUACCAGCACGAGGUCGUCAAGGAAGUCCACGGCGAUCACAAGCUCGUCGACACUCCUGCUUCUGCAUCUGCUUCCGCCGCCGCCAACCACCAUGAUCACCACCAACCCGCCAAGGCUGACGCCACCGACAGCGAAAGCGACGGAGGAUUGGAGUAUGAUGUCCACGUCGUUGAUAAGAAAGUGGUUGACGAGGAUGACAGGCCGAAGGACCGGGGCGGCGGCGGCGCCGGUGCUGCUGCUUUCCGGGGCCGGCCGGGUUCCCGCAGCGCCUUUGAGGUUGCCAAAGAGAUUGAGGUUCUCUUCCAAAGGGCUUCUGACUCCGGUGCCGAAAUCGCCAAGAUGCUUGAAGUUGGCAAGCUUCCCUAUAACCGAAAGCAUGGAGCUGCUUAUCAAGCUUCCUCCAAGAUGUUACAAGUAGUUACUCCCUCUUUGUCAAUGGUGUCUUCGCAACCUUCUACAUCUGCAUCCGCCGCCGCUGAUAACUUGGAUAUUGAUGUUGAUCUAGUAACCAGAUCCCGCAAUCUUUCCUCUACCUUGCAGAAGCUUUACCUCUGGGAGAAGAAACUCUAUGCUGAAGUUAAGGCAGAGGAAAAGAUGCGGGUCGUGCACGAUAAGAAGUGCCGCAAGCUGAAGCGUUUGGAUGAAAGGGGUGCUGAUUUUAAUAAAGUUGAUGCCACUCGAGCUAUGAUUAGGAGUCUGUCCACAAAAAUAAGAAUGGCGAUUCAAGUUGUUGAUAAGAUCUCCAUGACAAUAAAUAAGAUAAGGGAUGAAGAGCUAUGGCCCCAAUUGAAGGAAUUAAUCCAAGGGAUGAUGAGAAUGUGGAAAUCCAUGCUUGAAUGUCAUCAUAGUCAGUGCGAAGCAAUUCGAGAAGCGAGAAUACUGGGUUCGGUUGGAUCUAGGAAGAAGAGUGGUGACAGUCAUCUUCUAGCAACCAAGCAGCUUGAGCAAGAGCUUAUCAAUUGGACUUUCCAAUUCUCUAGCUGGAUAAGUGCCCAGAAAGGUUAUGUGCGAGCAUUGAAUAAUUGGCUGAUGAAAUGUCUACUAUACGAACCAGAAGAAACACCUGAUGGCAUAGUUCCCUUUUCCCCCGGUAGAAUUGGUGCCCCCCCAAUUUUCGUUAUAUGCAACCGGUGGUCCCAAGCUAUGGAUCGAAUAUCCGAAAAGGAAGUUGUUGAUUCCAUGCAUGUAUUUACCAUGAGUGUGCUUCAGAUAUGGGAACAAGACAAGUUAGAAAUGCAUCGGCAGAUGGCAGAGAACAAGGAUCUGGAGAGAAAAGUUAGAAAUAUAGACAAAGAUGACCAGAAGAUACAGAAGCAAAUCCAGGCACUAGAGCGGAAAAUCGCCCUGCCAUCAGGGGAAGGCAAGGGUCUCUCGGUUUCCGAAAAUAUCCUAUACCAGAGCGAUAAAAGCAGCAGUCUACAGGCUAGCCUGCAGCGCAUUUUUGAAGCCAUGGAAAGAUUUACCGACGAAUCUGUUAAAGCUUAUGAGGAGUUGGUAAGCACAGAUUGAAAAUAACUGAGUAUCAUGGCGAUUUUGAUGGAUUCUUGGAACUAUAUCUUCCAUAUUUUCCAAGAAUAUGCAUAAUGCCAACAGGGAACAUGCAUAGCACAGCACAGGAUUGAAUUGAUUAUAAGGCCAGGGCAGGCCCAGGAACCAAGUGAAAGUUUUCUCAUUGCAAUCAUGAACAUAGCUAGCUGGAAGUGACGUAAGUCACUGAAUGGUAUGCAUGGGUUAUUAUUAUUAGUAGUAGUAGUAUUAGUUGCUGUAUAAAAUUAUGUUAUAAAAUAUUCGUUAUUGGAGUUGGAAACCUGUGUACAGAAGAGAUUAUCCAUCGAGGCUAAGCAGGGCUUAAUGAAAAAGCAUUUUGAUGAAUAAAAUAUGUCUUUGACUUUA